AUGGAUGUCGACGACCGCAAGUCAUUGGCCCCGCUCAUCUACCGUCUGCCAUUUGAGUUGCUGGCACUCAUUGCAUGGUUCUGCCCUCGCCAGCAGGACGUGUCUGCCCUGUCGCGAGCCAGUCGACGCCUGCACAAGUCUGUUGGCCGGCUCCUCUAUGAGACCCAGGUAUCUCAGGAGAAUUAUGAUGUCGUCUUCUGGGCUGCCGAGUUUGGCCGCACAGGGACAUUGAAGCGAUGGAUCUCUGCAUGCGAUCUCGAAGGCACCCGGCACGCUCCGUUAGACGUCUACUCCAUCAACCGCGACGUGGACCGCGGUGGCAGGACGGUACGAUACAUUCCGGGGCCAUUCGAUCUUAGGGACCGACAAAUGCAUUCGCGCUUCUGGACGCCCCUGCACCGCGCCGCGCAGUUCGGCCACCUGGACACGGUCGACUUUCUGUUGGACCACGGGUGCGACGUGAAUGCGCAGUCCCUAGGCCUCUCCCCGCACGGCCUGAGCUGCUUCCGCGAUGCCAGGGACCGCGCGAAUGCUCAAGUCGACGGGUGCGUCACCCUGGCGCCUUUGCACCAGGCCAUAAUCUCCAAGCAGGCCGGAGUCGCCAAGCGAUUGCUUGAGAGGGGUGCCGAGGUCAACAUCAUGCUGCUUCGUCGCGAGGAGCCCUGCGGCGUCUCGGCGCUUCACCUCGCUGCGGCACAUGGACUUGCACAGACGGUGACUGACCUCGUCGAGGGCGGGCAUGCGGAUGUCAACCAGCCUGACAAGGAUGGUCUGCCGCCAAUGCUCUACGCUGCGGAGCACGAAGCUAAUCUCCAAUGCAUGGGCGCGCUGAGGGAUUUGGGCGCUGACCUCAACAUAGAAGUCGGUGGCGACGCAAAGCAGCCGCUGCUGGCUACACUCAUCGAAAGAGUGAGGUGGAGAGCGGCAGCAAAGCUUAUCGAUCUGGGAGCUAGUGUGGAUGUUGUAGGCGGGACGUCGACACUGCUGGAGUUGUGCGAGAGGGCGAAGAUGUCGGUAAUAUACCCCGAUACACUCGAUCUUGACGCAUGGGAUAGCUUGGUCACACGGAUCAAAGGGUCAUCCCCCACUUUUGAAAAGCCUCAAAGUCGCGUCAAGAAGUUUCUGGCUCUUGCACGGAGAGAGAAACAACGAGCUCCUGGGGCGGUAAACUUUGAACAGCUAUCAAAUUAG